AUGGUCGUGGAUUCUCGUUGCAAGGCACGCCUCGGAGAGCAAGCUGCGCCCAAGGAAGAGCUGCAGUUCUCCACAGAGGUCAUUGCCACAUAUGGCUUCGCAUUGAGGCUGAAUCAUAUUGUGAUGCGAUGCGACCACAAAGACAAAUCAACUCAACGGAGGGCCAAAGACACGAAGGCUGCAAAUCUUUUGAAGCGUACGUGGAAAGGUGCUUUUGUGACCACAGAGAAGGGUAGCAGUGAAGUCAAACUUCAGGGCGGCAAGCGCUUGGCCAUGGCUGCAAACCCGUGCGUGGUAGAUGCAAUUGACCAAGUUAUCGCCAAUCUCCCCAGCAAGGUCUUCGGUGAGAACAUCGGUCCUUUCAUCAACCAAGUCAGCGCACGUGUCAAGCGCUCACGGGAGCUGAAGGAGGCUGCUUUUGCCACACCAGCCAAGUCCAAGGCCCAGAAGCGCAAGCGCCGAGCAGCAAGCCGAGGGGCAGCAGUGACGCACACGAAACGAAGCCCGGGUCGGAAAAAGGCGAGCUCAUCAGGCAUCACGCGGACCCCGGCUGAGAUGCAAGCCCUGUGCAAGGCUUGGAAGAGGCUCAACAAAGAAGCCGCCAAAUGCUGCCGGAAGGUCCGAACGGUGGUCACCAGCUUUCACCUUGUAUAA